GUAUUACGUAUGUUAUUUUUAAUUUCGCCGUAAUAUUUAUAUUCCGUUUCGCGCAUCGCGGGACAAGGGCGACGCGCAGACGUAAUAACCGAUAAUUGCAAAGGACAUUUACAAAGAAUACAAUUAUCUCUCGACAAUGCGGCAAUCAUGGGCGAGUUACCGUGAGAGUCCGCUGUACAAGAUCAAUAUUGCAGAUGCACUCGAAAUUUCUCUCGGACGGAGCCUGCAAUUUGCAAACCGCUGCGGCUGCCACGUACACGCGCGCCUCGCGUGUGAAUCCGUCGGUCGAAGCGCGAGCGCGCAUACACACACACAUACACACACAUCCAUCCAUUCAUAUGCGCAGAGACACCCACUUGCAACUCCAGUUGUACGUACGCGCACCGAGAAACCGGGACGAUCGUUUUUCCCGCUGUAAAAGUUACGAGAACUACGACGACUACCGCGUUGGAAAUCCAGCAGGCGUGUUGUACGCGACAGAUCGGCGGGGAAUUAAGUCCGCGAUAAUCACAACAAUCGGCGCGCGGACGAAAUGAGUCAGGAGGCGCUGAUAAAGGAGCCGCCGGAAAUCUCGUGGGAGAACACACUGGGCUCACCCGACGGCGUGCCCUUCGACGACGACACGAAGGAGCUGCUGAAGAGAUGCCUGGACAUUUCCGUGCCCCCGCCGACCAACCUGUCGGAGUUAAUGAAGCGGAGCGACGCGUUUCCUGUGAAGUUCCCGAUCAGCACCAUGACGUGCGCCGCCCUGAAGACCAGGGGGACCAGCCCGGAGGUCAUUGAGCUGAACGCUAAUUCGGUGUAUCCUCUGAUACACGAGGCGAUGUUGCCCCUGAUCGCACGAUGGCUGAAGCAUAAGCGAUUAUACGGCAGUUCAGUCGAGAAGCAUUUCUACAGGGACCUGAGUCUCAUCCAGUUCAUCCAUCGGCUAUUGGACAAGAGGGCGGUCGUUUUCUACGGCUCGGAGGAUCGAUGGAAGUUAGCCGACAACAAGACCGGCGUCGACGGGUGGGAGAGCGUCGGUACAGAUCGCGAGAAGGAACCGUUGGUCCUAACGAAAUGCCUGAGCUACGACGAGGUCAAAUUAUCGGCGAUGAUGGUGGUGUCGUCUCACACGGAGUUCAUAAACGACGGCGCGCGAAAGAACAGAGGCGUCGUGAGCAGUGACCCAGACGCCGUCCAACCUCGAGGGGUUAUUAUGGGUGUCGUAGGCACAAGAUUUGAAAAGGCCCGAGUUAUGGAGUACCAAGAUAUCCUUAUCACAUCAUUGCAGAAUACCGUGGAUAACGGGUACGGGCCAGUAGUGAAAGGCGGCACGGCCGAGGAAAAACGCGGUUUACUUGUUUUAUGGGCCAAGUUUUACGGCGAGGAUUACCAUUUGCUGUACGAGGAGGUCGUGAAACGUAUCAAGGCGAAAGACAAUAGGCGUUACCUGUCGUUGGCCAGCCAAACGGUCUUCGAUAUCGAGAACUACAUGAAGCGCACCCUGCUCUCCGUCGAAAUAAUUCUGCUCGAGGCGAACACCCGCGCCGAGAAGCAAAACACCACUGCUUUCCUGCACGUAGUCGGUUUCGGCCUGGGUGUCUGGAGAGUAAUUCGGGAUCAAGAAGUCUACUUUCUGAAAACAUUCGAGAUCGCAAUUAAAAAAAUGAACAAGAAGCUCAAGUACGUUUCCGACAUUAUGUUCGCUUAUUUCCAGCAACAGAAGUGCGGCGGCGCAGGAAACGGCGAUUAUCUUGGCGACAUCAAGAUUCAUUUCGCCUUGAGGGAGCCGCACAGCAGACUGUUCCGUGCUAACGACGCGAACAAACUACUCGUCGUGACUUACGCCUGGGACGGAAACUCGCUGCCAGGAAAUGAAUUCUGGAAUGGUUUUCUGGAGUCCAGUGGCGACCCAGCGGCGGCAUGUAGCAGCCAAGUAGCCGAGCUGCACAAUUCCAAGAUCAAUCCACGCGCGUGCGGCGCCAGCUUGCACGUCGCAUCUGCGGCGCAUGGAAUUCUGCACAUAUCGGAUUAUGCAAAGCUUCACCUUACUUAGGUAAUACCAGUUACCCCGAUGCACCUCCUUAUCGACUCUAACCUCCCUUGCUGGGCGAAGUAUGGUUCUAUGUAUCUUCCUGAUCGGUUAAUUUCUUAGUUAUUCGCUCGAAUUCCUUGUAUUCUCUGCGUUUAAAUAAAUAUAUUACCUCCACUAUACAAUGUAUCUCCACUAUGACCGAAAGCAUGAAGAGCACUUCCUUUAUCAUCGAAUUUGGUGUAGCGACAGUAGAGCAUCGAUAGCAUGUUGCAUAUUUUAUCAGUAGAUACUCUAUAUCGAAGAAAUUGAACUCGAGAGAAAAUACAAUUUAU